AUGUUUUACAAAGAAUUCAUGUCUUUCGUUUUGUUAUUGCUUCUUCCGAUAAGUAAGGGCGCCAUACCGGGCACCUUCUUCUGGAGACCCCGAUUGGGCAUAGAUAUGGCUCUCCAUACUUCAGAGUCCCCGAUAUCAGUUUAUAAACCUAAUAAGCAGAAUAUCGAAGCUGGGUUAGUGGUGUUGCUAAACGGUUACGACGUCGUGGGCUCCAUACUCGGGCUGCUAAGGGGCGCAGAAUUCGCGGCCGACGAGAAGGCGAUGGACCCCGCCUUUAGCCCCUAUUACAGUAACGUCUACAAAUGGGCUUGGAGAACUCUCGACUUAUUACCACAUUGGGUGAGAGGCAAUUUCAACGACGGGCUUAGAGGGUGGAAUAACCGUUUUAAAUAUAUGGAUGUGGAAAUGCCUGCGUGGUUGCAGAAAGCAUUUCCCUGGGUGCCUAAGGAAUCUUGGGACACAGAACAUGAAGAUAUGGUCAAAUUCAGAAAGUUUGCUGAAACAGCGUUUAUCCCAUUUUACAGAUUUCCAUCAAAAGUCUACAAUGACUUCAAUUCCUUCUUGCCUGCUUCGUUAGAUAGUUUUCUUUUCUCUUCAACUUCAAGAGAUGACUUUGACAUGAGUGCGGAACAAGAAAAAGACCGUAAGUCUAGAGAACGAAAACUGAAGCUGCAAUUCGAGAAGAAAGCCGAGAAGCCACCUACCAUCACUACCGAACCUGGGAAUACCACCACUACCGAACCUACCGAACCUGGGGAUACCACCCCUGAGGAUUAGUGCUUCCAAUACCGGGAUCUCGUCUGUUUAAACGCAUUUUUCAAUACCGGUAUUUUUUUAUGCAAUACCGGGAUCCCGGUAUUUACAAAAACAAGGAAAAUGUGCCGAUAAUACCAUUUAAAAUCCAAUAAUAUGAUUAAAUUCGGCUGCAUCAAGAACUUUA